AUGCUUCGUCAGCAGCAGCCGCCGCCGCGGCAGCAGCAGCAGCAGCAGCAGCAGCAGGAGCAGCAGCAGGAGCAGCAGCAGGAGCAGCAGCAGGAGCAGCAGCAGGAGCAGCAGCAGCCACCAGCGGCGCUACCGUCGGUGGAGGCAGGCGCGCGGAAGCGCAAGGCUUCUUUCGGGGUGCAGGCGCCGGAACCCGCCGCUCGCGACGGGUCGGAGGAGGACGACGAGGAAACAGACAUCUGGGGCCCUCAAUCAGCGAUCGCAAAGGCCUUAUUUGGUGAUGGAGAGGUUGACGAGGCAGAGGAGGGGGAUGAGGAUGAGGAUGAGGAUGACAAUGAGGAUGAGGAUGAGCGGUCGGCGGGGUGGGACGCGGCCGACGCGGCAGAUGUGCGCGACAUCUUUGGCGAUUGGAUGGCGGGCAGCGAUGACGAGGAGGACGACAGCACAGAAGCAGCAAAGGGCGGCGCGGCGGGGCGCGAUGGCGGCGGCACGCCGGGCUGGCGCGCAGCAGACCCCUGGGCGUCCGUGGAGGAGGAUGAUGAUGAUGAUGACGUCAUCGACGCAGAGGCGGAGGACGUGGAUGACGAGGCGGACGCUGGGGACGACGCUGAGUCAGCACCAGGUCGGGGCGGCGGCGCGCGGGCGAGGAAGUUUGCAGACAUGCUGAGGCAGCUUGAGGAGCAGCAGCUCGAAGAGCAGCGGCAGCGCGGGCGGGACAUCGGCGGCGGGGCAGAGGCGGAGGGCGGCGCGCCGGAGGUCGGCGCGGGCGCGGCCCGCGCGAACCCCGACAGCAUUUACGACCCAGCUGCGGGCGCUUUCGACGACGGCGACGCGGAUGCCGACGCCGACGCCGCCUAUGCCGACGGUGGCCUCGGCAGCGCCGUCGCCGGUGCGGCCGGCGGCCCCUGGGGCGACGACGGCGGCGCAGCGGCGGCGGGGCCGGCGGCGCCCGCCCGUGGGCGCAGAGGGGCCGGCGGCGGCGGGGGGCGGACGGACGUUGGGAAGCGGCUGCGGCACGUGUGGUCCCUUGAGGAGCUGUCCGAGCUGAUAGGGCAGCACCUGGGCCGCUUGACCACGCCGCAGAAGCUCCAGGCGAUGCUGAGUUGGGCGCGCCUGUACAGGCGGCUGCCGCUCGGCAGCAGCAGCAGCGGCAGCAGUGGCGGCAGCAGCAGUAGCAGGGGGGCCGGCGUCGGCGCCGGCACCGGCGCCGGCGAGGACGGCAGCAGCGAAGGGGCCGACGAUGCCGAAGGGGAGGCCGAGGGCGCAAGCCGCGCGCCCGUUGACGACGCUGCGGCGGCGCGGGCGCGGUGGCGCAGCUGCGAAGCGCUGGCGCUGCUGGCUCGUGAGGCGGUAAUGAGCGCGGGGGGCCUGGCCCAGCCGCAGGUGGCGACGCUGCUGCGGGCGCUGGUGCAGACUGAGGCAGAUUUGGCACCCCAACUGGCGUGCCUGCUGCUGCGGCGCCUCAACAGUGGCGACGUGGGCGCACUGACGCCCGACGCCGCGAGCGGCGUGGUGUGGGCGCUGGGGACGCUGUCCAAGGGGCUCGAGGAGGCGGAGUGCGGGAUGCAGCCGGAACUUCAGGCGGAG